CCUUGUUAUCAGGAAAGACACAUUAUCUGCUCCACACACAAGAUCCAAAGAUCAUUCUCCUCCCAGAGACCAGCAGGACAGAGUCUUCCUCCCUCAUCAGUCUAGUGAAGCUGAGCUGUGGUUGGGACAAUACAGUCUCCAUUACCAUCCCUGGUACUGAACCUUACUUCAAAGAGAAUGAGCUCCAUAUGGAUAUUCCUGGGACUGUUCCUGGCCAGUGUCACAAGAGCACAAGAGCGCCAUUGUGAAGUUGUGGCGUUGGGCCACCCCAGUGGGACAGAAGUGAGGUGGACAUAUGACAAGUCUCAGGGCUCCUGUAUAAGGAUCCUACAGAAAGACUCUAAAAAUGGCAUCAACGUCUUCAAUAGUGAGAAGGAAUGCCUGAGCAACUGCUCCACAAUAUAUGGCUCCCUGUACCCCCCUGGAGCUGCCGUGUGUAGCCUCUCCCAGGACCAGGGUCCAUGUCUAGCCUUGAUCUUCAUGUGGUAUUAUGACAAGGAGCGGAAUGUCUGUGACUCCUUCUUCUAUGGAGGUUGUCAGGGCAAUGGGAACAGAUUUGAGGACAGGAAUGAAUGUACCAACCUGUGCGUGGUGAAAAAGAAAGAUGGGAAGUCUGGCGCCCUUGAUGCAGCUCAGGACUCAGAGCCCGCGGAUUCAGGAUCAGAUGCAGGUCUCAUUAUCGGUGUCAUCUUUGGAGUAAUUUUUGGCAUCGCUUUUCUCGUCACACUUGGACUGUACUUGGUCCAGAGGAAGAAGUUAAAGAAGCAGAAGCACCAGCCCGUGCCGGCCACCGAGAUGAAGUAAAGGGAAUGAAAAUCUUUUAUACCAGAAAUUUCUACAAUAAAAUGUAAAGGGAAAAACCUGUGUGA